AGAAGUGUUAGUUUCCGGUCAGCGGAACCCCCUGAAAACAACUCUCGAGAUUCAACCGAAAUGAAAGUACAGUAAUCAGGUGGAGCAUUACUAAUUUUUAUGGAAAGACUGUAAAUGAACGUCACUUUCGGACAUUGUUUAACUUGCAGAUAAUUAAAAGGAUGGGCUGCUGAGAUGGUUUUUCUGUAAAUACCGGAAUAAACAACCUCAUCAUGUCAGCUGAUGCAGAAACCACAAAUGAAAACAAACUGGUCCAACCAAAGGAAGAGUUUUUUUCUUUACUGCAACAAGCCGGAGCCACAAAAGAUGUACUCACCAUGAAGGAGGUGAUGUUCUACCUGGGUCAGUACAUCAUCAAGAAGCAGCUGUACGACCAGAAGCAGCAGCACAUAGUCCACUGCUCUCAAGAUGCACUGGGACGAGUGCUGGGAGUCGACAGCUUCUCUGUUAGAGAGCCACGAGCUUUGUUUGCAAUGAUCACAAAGAACCUGGUGGCAGUGAAAAGCCAAGAUUCAACAACGAACUCAAAUGAUGCCCAAAACAGCCAGACAGACAGAACGACGGAGGUGGAGGCUACAGAGAGUCGACCUUCCUCUCCAGACGCGAGGAGGAGGCGAAGAAGGAGAAGAUGGAGCUGCCGGAGCAGCGACCCAGGCACCUCACGCAUCGUGGAGGAUGAUGAGGAAGAGUCUGAGGAGGAAGAGGAAUUGGAAGGUAGGAAGAGGAGGAGGUCUGACAGCUACUCCCUGACCUUUGAUGACAGCUUGUCGUGGUGUGUGAUUGGUGGACUGGGAAGCGGACGGGACAGACACAGCAGCCAAUCAUCUGACUCGAACAGCACAUCUGAGAGGUCAGAGGUCACAGUUGCAGCUUCAGACUCAGACAGCGACAACUUCAGCGUUGAAUUUGAGGUUGAGUCCAUCGAUUCGGACGAUUAUAAUGAAGAUGAUGCGUCUCUCUCUGCAGAUGACCAGGUGUAUGAGGUGACCAUCUUUGAGGCAGAUGACGAUGACUCGUUCGAUGAAGACACAGAGAUCACAGAAGCUGACUACUGGCGGUGUGUGAACUGUGACGAGCUGAACCCGCCGCUACCCAGAAACUGUCUCCGCUGCUGGACUCUGCGCCACGAUUGGCUGCCCGAGGUGUCAGUCAACAAUCCUACCUCCAGCCCUAAAGCCCUGCCCACAAAACCAACCAGCCAAUCACCUGCCAAAGAAACUCCAGGCUCGGAUGUUGAGGACAAUGAUGGAGUCGACGUUCCAGAUGGAAAAAAAGCGAAAACUGCUCUCCCUUCACAGUGUCUGUCUGAUUCCAACUCAUCUGCUCCCAACUCCCAGGAUCUCCUCUCACCCUCCCAGCCCUGCUCCUCCUCAAAGGAGAACCUCUGGAUUCCCGAGUCCCAGCCCUCCUCUUCUUACUCCUCCUGCGACUCCCAAGAACUUCUCCCAACUUCCCCAAUCGUUCCUCCAGCUGGUCCGCCAGCAUCGCUCCAGGAGCUUCCAGAGCUGGAGCGCAGCGUGUCGGCUGAGUGGCGGCUGCCGGACUCGUGUCUGGACCCCUGUCUCAUCUGUCAGUCCCGGCCGAAGAACGGCUGCAUUGUCCACGGUCGAACCGGUCACCUCAUGUCCUGCUACGUGUGCGCCAGGAAGCUGAAGAAGAGGAACAAGCUGUGUCCGGUCUGCAGGCUACCCAUACAGUCGGUCAUCCUCACCUACCUCAGCUGAGACGUCCCCUCCUGUCCUCAUCUGUCUGUCCCCACCUACCUCAGCUGAGACAUUUCACUAAACGCACGUGUCUUGGUUAUGUUUGCCUCUUAAGUUAAAUUAAUAUUAAAUUAGAUAAAAGUUCAGUUUCACUUCUGUGUGGAGUCUGAAUUAAAGUGUUCCUGUCUUAAAAAUCUGCACUCAUUUAAUAAUUGAUCAAUUUAAAAAUAAGGAUAUGUCUGGUUGAAGUUUUUUUUGUUUCUAGAUUGAAGUUUAAGGCUUUCAGAGAACGAACACUUUGGGUAAUAUUGACGUGUUUCAAGUCAGAACUAGUUAUCUAAAUUUGCUGAUAACCUCUGUAGGAUUUCUUUGAAUAACCUCAUAGCAGCUCUGGUUUUUAACAAAUGUAUCAUUUGUUUGGGACUAUUUAAUCUGUUGUUUAGCUGAGAGCUGAGAAGAUAUCUGAAUUUGGAUACACCCACACACGCACAAAACACCCGACUUAAUAUUUUCAUUAUUUUUUACUUUUUGGAGGGAUUUUUGAUUCCUUAACUGGAGCCAAAUUUUCUGUCUUCAUCUUUCAACAGCAACACUUGUGAAACUCAGCUUCAUGUGCGUUUGUGGAGUGGUUUUUGUUUUGUUCCUAACUCCAGCUCAUUUACAAGAAGUUUCCUA